UCCCAUAAUUAUUGUUGUGGUAUCUGUUCAAUAUGUAUUGCCGUUCAAUUUCUGCACUGCUCAUCAUACAUAUGUCUCCUCCAGUUUCCUACUGUGUUGGAACCCUGGCAACUCACACUGAGAUCAAGAGAGUGGCAGAGGAAAAGGUCACUUUGCCCUGUCACCAUCAACUGGGGCUCCCUGAAACAGACACCCUGGAUAUCGAAUGGCUGCUAACUGAUAAUGAAGGGGGACAAAAAGAGGUAAUCACUUACUCCAGUCGUCGUGUCUACACUAAUUUCUCUGAGGAACAGAAAGGCCGAGUGGCCUUUGCUUCCAAUUUCCUGGCAGGAGACGCCUCCCUGCAGAUUGAGCCUUUGAAGCCCAGUGAUGAGGGUCGGUACACAUGCAAGGUGAAGAACUCAGGGCGCUACAUGUGGAGUUAUGUCAUCUUAAAAGUCUUAGUGAGACCAUCCAAGCCCAAGUGUGAGCUGGAAGGAGAGCUGACAGAAGGAAGUGACCUGACUCUGCAGUGUGAGUCAUCUUCUGGCACAAAGCCCAUUAUGUAUUACUGGCAGCGAAUCAGAGAGAAGGAGGGAGAGGAUGAACAUUUGCCUCCCAAAGCUACAAUUGACUUCAAUAACCCUGGUCGAGUUCUGCUGCAGAAUCUUACGAUGUCCUUUUCUGGGCUCUACCAAUGCACAGCUGGCAAUGAGGCUGGAAAAGAAAGUUGUGUGGUACGAGUGACAGUACAGUAUGUACAAAGCAUCGGCAUGGUUGCAGGAGCAGUGACAGGCAUAGUGGCUGGAGCCCUGCUGAUAUUCCUCUUGGUGUGGCUGAUAAUCCGAAGGAAAGACAAAAAAAGAUAUGAGGAAGAAGAGAGACCUAAUGAAAUUCGAGAAGAUGCUGAAGCCCCAAAGGCCCGCCUUGUGAAACCAAGCUCCUCUUCCUCAGGCUCUCGGAGCUCACGCUCUGGUUCUUCCUCCACUCGCUCCACGGCAAAUAGUGCCUCACGCAGCCAGCGGACAAUGUCAACUGAAGCAGCAACCCAGCUAGGGCUGGCCACCCAGUCUUACAGCCUAGUGGGGCCAGAGGUGAGAUGCUCUGAACCAAAGAAAGUCCACCACACUACCCUGACCAAAGCCGAAACCACCCCCAGCACAAUCCCCAAUCAGAGCAGAGCCUUCCAAACUGUCUGAAUUAAAGUGGACUUGACUCCCAAGCUUUCCUAGGAGUCAGGAUCUUAGGACUCUUCUAGCCAUUGGAACUGUCACCAGCCACAAAACUCCCUCAGAGAAGAUAAAAGAUCAUUUAAGUAGUAAUGAACAUCACAUGAAACAGAUUUCAGAUGAGCACUUUCCUUAUAUGACACUAAACAAGCAAAAGGAUGUAAGUUGAUCAUUUCCAAAAAGGCACCUCAUUGUGCCUCUAAACCAGAGUGGGGGAAGCAAGCGUUCAAAUCUAUUUGAACACAAAGUGAAAAGACUGGGAAGGAGGGAGGUGAAUACACCUAAAACUUCUCACCUAGGAUGUUUUAUCAGUGCUUCAGUUCGCCAUGAUCAAGAAGAAAUGGGUGUUGUUCCCAAAUUUUCUAUGCAUUUCUGCAGACUAUUGAACUAUUGUGAUUAUUCAGAUAGUCAUCAGAAUCCACAGCCUUAUAUCACACCUGUUUGCACCAUAUACUGAGAUCACCACUUCUAAGAAACACCAGGAAAGGAAAUGUGUCCUUUUUUCUGACUUACUUCCUCUGUCAUAAGGUUUGGAAAUGAAUUUCAAGAGGAGUUGAAAUAGUGGGAGAUGGAGAAAAAUGAGUUGAGUUUCUCCUAUCUAUCAACUAU